UGGCCCUUGUAAGCACCUUCGCAGCAGGAAGCCCAGAGCUGCGCCUGCCCUUUCUGAAGGCUGUGGAAGAGGUUGGAGUGGGCGCAUCUUAGCUUGCCCCAUCCCCAUUUGAGGUCUGUCGGAGCUGCCCUUCAGUGUGAGCAUCCACAAUGGGUACCCCAGCCUCGGUGGUCAGUGAGCCACCCCCUUGGCAGGCCCCGAUUGAGGCCCGGGGCCGCAAGCAGGCCUUGGCCAACAUCUUCCAGGACGCCGAGCUGCUGCAGAUCCAAGGCCUGUUUCAACGCAGCGGGGACCAGCUGGCCGAGGAACGGGCACAGAUCAUCUGGGAAUGUGCAGGGGAUCACCGUGUGGCUGAGGCCCUCAAGAGGCUGCGCAGGAAGAGGCCCCCAAGGCAGAAACCCCUGGGCCACUCGCUACACCACUGCAGCCGCCUCAGAAUCCUGGAGCCCCACUCUGCACUGGCCGACCCACAGAGUGCCACAGAGACAGCCUCCAGUGAGCAGUAUCUGCACUCUAGGAAGAAAAGUGCCAGGAUCCGCCGGAACUGGAGGAAGUCAGGCCCCACAAGCUACCUCCACCAGAUCAGACACUGAUCCAGGGAAAGAGCCAGGAAUGGCAGUGUCUUCCCUCUUGCCAAAGGGCCUGGGGAGGUGAAGGAAGAGAGACUUUAGGCAAGCAGCCCAAAGAGGUAAAUGAAAGCAAGAGGCUGCUGCCACUGACCUGCUCCAUUCAGAACAAGACUGGAUGCUUCUGUUGAGCUCUCCAUUACGUGGGACCCAUUCCUCACCAAAAUGAGGAGAGACAGUGACUGUUCCUGCCACAGUCCUUCCCAAUCUAACACUAUUCCUGGGCUGCAUGAUAUUCCCCUGGGAGCAAAGUGACAGGCACUCAGAUGCAGCAUUUCACCACUCAUGCUACUAAUCUACCUGCUACUACUGUAAACCAUGGUUCCAGCAGCCUGUUCCACACCCCCACACCAUCAGGAUAGCACAGGGAAACUGUAGUUUAAGUGGCAAAUAAAAACAUUUGCAUCAA